AUCGAGUCAGACCUCAUUUGUGCAGAGUUAUUAAGAACUACAGCAGUGCGACGUAGAUGAGAUGACAGAUGACUCCGCUCGAGUCGGAACAAGAUGUGGACAACACAAGUUCUGCGUCGAUUUAUUCUUGAACAGAAGGAAAUUUGUUCCUGCAAGCCGAAAACAUUUACAGCGACCUUUACAUCUGACUUCACAAAUCAACUUCCUGUUCUAUGACUUGGGAAAAGUAAACCAAAAACAAUUGGAAUGUGCACAAAAUAAAUGCAAAAAUUCCAUUUCCCAUGAUUUGAAGGUAUCUGGGCUGAAAACCAGACCUGUAUUAAUUUUGCUUACGAUUUCACAUCCUUCGGUCAUUAUUCUCCAUAAUUAUAUCAGUAUAAUAGGAUUAUACGGCAGGAAAAUACAAUCAAAUAAUCCAAUUUUUAUUGUGAGAAUGGAGCCUCGCAAAAGAUCCCACAACACAUACACAAAUGUAUCUGAAGAUUACUGCGCUAAAGGUCACCAUCAGCAAGAUGAAUUGACAACACCAGCGAAAAUGAUGAAAGCUUCAGAAAAGAAAGAGAUGUGUUACCCAGAAACACCAGAACAGUAUGUACUUCCGAAAGAAAGAUGUAUGGAACAUGAAAGUCCUCAGCAUAAAAGCUAUAUGGACACUGAGGAAUCUCACAAUCUGUCACAGAAAACUGAGGAAAUUAUUAUUAAAACUGAUGAGGAUAAUUCUGAGUCUACAGAGAGUGAUCUUCUGGAAGAUCCACUGAGAACCACUGAGACUGCAGAACACCCCCCACUAUUCCCGCCAGCUCCAGAAACUAAAAUGCUGUCAGCUGAUAACAAAAAUGGCAAUCAGUUAAAUCUAAACAUGCAAUCUAGUUCAACUGAUGGGAGCUUUACGGCAGUACUGAAUAGUCAGUCUGUGAUGUCUGAUAAUAUAUCUAUUUAUUCACGGAAUAUGUCCAAAGAAGAUAAGCAUCACUUUCCAGCAAAAAAAAUAGCUUCAAAACUGCAGCAAGAAAUGGAAGAUCAAAACUCAAUGAGAGUCAUGACAUCAAGUGACAAUCUGUCAAAGGAACCAGAGCAAAUCAAUACUCAAAUCCAAAAUGAUAAUAAUACUGAAUCGACAGAGAGCCAUCUUCAGCAACAACCACAGAGUCUCCUGAAAACCAGUGCUAAUGUACCUGGAGCUAAAGAAACCCCUUCACAAAUACUGACAGCUCAAGAAAUGGAAACCCAGUCAUUUAAUAACAAGAAUGACUGCUGGUCAAAUCCAGACGUGCAAUCUAGAGCAACUGAUGAGAACUUCACGCCAGAAUGUAAUAGUCAGUCUGUGAUCUCUGAGAAUAUAUCUAGUAGUUUACUGGGAAUUCCAGAUGCUGAAAUAUGCAGUACAAGAAUCAAAGCUGAAGCAACAAGAAUUAACAUACAGUCCAAAGAAGAUAAACGUCGAUUUCUAGCAAAGAAAACAGAGUACUGUGGACUGCAGAAUCAAGGAGCCACGUGCUAUUUGAAUGCAGUGCUGCAAUCUCUUUUCAUGACUGAAGAUUUCAGAAAAGCUAUCAUGAAAUUGGUCGGCAAAAGAAAAGGCAAGAAAAAUCGGAAGCCAAAAAGUGUUUCUAUUGAACUUCAAGAUUUAUUCAAACGCUUGAUGUCUAAUGACAGAAGCGUCACUACAGAAGGAAUCACAAAAGCUUUAGCUAUUGGAAAUGUUUGUGAGGAGCAGGAUGCGGCAGAAUUUUUACAGAAGAUAUUGAGUAUGAUUGAACCUGAGCCAUCUGAGAUAUUCCAUGGAAAGAAGAAACACUCAAGCACCUGUCUACAGAGUCAGCAUGAAUCCAUUGAGGAAAUAAAUUCAUUUUGUUUUCUGGCCAUUGCCAUGGACUCUGAUCAACAUGUGAUUAAUGUGCAAAAGAGUUUUAACUCACAGUUUGAAGCAACACUUCUGGAGGGAGAGGAUCAGCUGUACUGUGAAAACUGCCAAAUGAUGACUGAUAUGAAAAUUAGUUACACUGUUCUUCAAGUGCCACAAGUUCUGGUCUUACAGAUGCAGAGGUUUAAUUUGGAUUAUUACUCCAUGACUUUCUUGAAAAACAACCGUGAUGUUGAAAUUCCUCUCCAUUUAUCAGUGCAGGAUGAGGGUGGAGUACAUUAUGUGUAUGACUUGUAUGCUGUGAUCAAUCAUUCUGGAUCUCUCAGUGGUGGACACUACUUUGCUAACAUCAAGUCAUUUGAGAACCAACAGUGGUAUCAAUUUAAUGACAGCAGUGUGCAUAGGAUUCAGAAUUGUUAUGGUGUCAGGCACUCAAAAAAACACUUCAUCUCUUCCACGGCAUGUUUACUUUUCUUCAGAAAAUCUUCAAAACUGCAGCAAGAAAUGGAAGAUCAAAACUCAAUGAGAGUCAUGACAUCAAGUGACAAUCUGUCAAAGGAACCAGAGCAAAUCAAUACUCAAAUCCAAAAUGAUAAUAAUACUGAAUCGACAGAGAGCCAUCUUCAGCAACAACCACAGAGUCUCCUGAAAACCAGUGCUAAUGUACCUGGAGCUAAAGAAACCCCUUCACAAAUACUGACAGCUCAAGAAAUGGAAACCCAGUCAUUUAAUAACAAGAAUGACUGCUGGUCAAAUCCAGACGUGCAAUCUAGAGCAACUGAUGAGAACUUCACGCCAGAAUGUAAUAGUCAGUCUGUGAUCUCUGAGAAUAUAUCUAGUAGUUUACAGGGAAUUCCAGAUGCUGAAAUAUGCAGUACAAGAAUCAAAGCUGAAGCAACAAGAAUUAACAUACAGUCCAAAGAAGAUAAACGUCGAUUUCUAGCAAAGAAAACAGAGUACUGUGGACUGCAGAAUCAAGGAGCCACGUGCUAUUUGAAUGCAGUGCUGCAAUCUCUUUUCAUGACUGAAGAUUUCAGAAAAGCUAUCAUGAAGUUGAAUGGUGAGACAAGAAAGCAAAAGUGUCUUUCUUUUGAACUUCAAGAUUUAUUCAAAUGUUUGGAGUCACGUGAGGGAAUUGUCACUACAAAAGGAAUCACAAAUGCUUUAGAUGUUACAAAUGUUUGUGAGGAGCAGGAUGCGGCAGAAUUUUUACAGAAGAUAUUGAGUAUGAUUGAACCUGAGCCAUCUGAGAUAUUCCAUGGAAAGAAGAAACACUCAAGCACCUGUCUACAGAGUCAGCAUGAAUCCAUUGAGGAAAUAAAUUCAUUUUGUUUUCUGGCCAUUGCCAUGGACUCUGAUCAACAUGUGAUUAAUGUGCAAAAGAGUUUUAACUCACAGUUUGAAGCAACACUUCUGGAGGGAGAGGAUCAGCUGUACUGUGAAAACUGCCAAAUGAUGACUGAUAUGAAAAUUAGUUACACUAUUCUUCAAGUGCCACAAGUUCUGGUCUUACAGAUGCAGAGGUUUAAUUUGGAUUAUUACUCCAUGACUUUCUUGAAAAACAACUGUGAUGUUGAAAUUCCUCUCCAUUUAUCAGUGCAGGAUGAGGGUGGAGUACAUUAUGUGUAUGACUUGUAUGCUGUGAUCAAUCAUUCUGGAUCUCUCAGUGGUGGACACUACUUUGCUAACAUCAAGUCAUUUGAGAACCAACAGUGGUAUCAAUUUAAUGACAGCAGUGUGCAUAGGAUUCGGAAGUUUGAUGGUGGCAGGCACUUGCAAAAUCACUUUGUCUCUGACAUGGCAUGUUUACUUUUCUUCAAAAAAUCUUCAGCACAACCCAGAGCACAUACUCAGAAAGAAAUGGAUAUUCCAAGCUCAACGAAAGUCAUGACAUCAAGCAAAUCUGAAAGUCCUUCGAAUACUUUGACCAAAACUCACAACAGUAUGGACACUGAGAAGCCUCACAAUCUAUCACAGAAAACUGAGGAAAUUAUUAUUAAAAUUGAUGAGGAUAAUUCUGAGUCUACAGAGAGUGAUCUUCUGGAAGAUCCACUGAGAACCACUGAGACUGCAGAACACCCCCCACUAUUCCCGCCAGCUCCAGAAACUAAAAUGCUGUCAGCUGAUAACAAAAAUGGCAAUCAGUUAAAUCUAAACAUGCAAUCUAGUUCAACUGAUGGGAGCUUUACGGCAGUACUGAAUAGUCAGUCUGUGAUAUCUGAUAAUAUAUCUAUUUAUUCACGGAAUAUGUCCAAAGAAGAUAAGCAUCACUUUCCAGCAAAAAAAAUAGAAACACCAGGACAGCAUUCUCAAACAGCAAACUCUUGUUCAGAAGUGGAUGAUCCAACGUCCCUGAAAGAACGAAGUCCUCAGAAUAAAAAGACCAAAGGGAGCAACCUACAGACAACUGAACAAACCGAUACUGCCAUCCAAAAUUAUAAUUACGAGUCUACAGAGAAGAAUCUUCCACAGCAUCUGCCAAGUCUCCUGAACACUAAGAUUACUGAGACUGAAAACAAGUGUUCAGCUAUGAAAACUGUGUACAUUAACUCCUGUGAAUCUGAGCUAAACACUGAUACAAAUACAGAUAAUGAUGAGGGAAAUGGAACUCAAAGUAACAGUUUGUUGGGAAUAGAUGAAUCAGCUCAGAAAAAUGAACAUACACAAAAUGUCAGUUGGAGGAAAUCUCCUUAUUUGAAAAAUAUGAUUUAUUUUUCAGUUAUUUUACUUGUUUUUAUUCUUCUUCUUGUUCUGCUUCUUACCUUGGUUUGAAAUAUAGACAAACACUCAUUCGAUAUUAGGAGAGAAUGGGAUAAAUUGAUACAACAAUUAAAUCCAACCUUGUUUUCUGCAGAUGAUUCAUUAAGAAAAAUUAUUGAAGCAAACUUCUAAAAUAAUAUUUGGUAUGGUUGUUGUUCUGUGUUUGUGAUUUAAUUGGUUUAAAAGAUUGGUUGAGAUUUCCCCUCAGCUCUGCUGGACUUCUACUUAAUGAUUUAAUUGAUUUCAGUCAUGUUUCCCUUCAUCCAAGUCUUUGCGUAAUGUGUGUUAGCAUUUAAUCAAAAUCAUCUCAAAUUAAUUAAUUGUUUUUCAUGUUUUUAUUUGUGUUUGUUGUUUUACUGUCUUCAGUUAAACUGGAUGUUUCGUAAGUAUAUAAUUAUAAUGUAGUGUGUAAAUAUGUUUUUUUGUGUUUAUACACAGAUAAGACCAAUAUGAUUCUUAAAGGUUGUUAUAGAAAUGCAUUCAAGAAAUGUAAUGCUGAGAAGACUGACUUUUCCACUGAGA